AACAUUGGUGGGUUGCUGACGGCGGUCAGAGACCUGAGCCAGCCGCAUCCGCCAGGCUGACAGCCCAGUCGGGUAUAUAAAGACCUCGCAAACGUACCGAGUCGCCAACACUCCUUUCCUUUCCUCCCUCACCUCCUUCCACUGGUCUUGUCAUCUGUGAACUUCAAGCACUUGGCGAAGGUCAGUAGUUUCCGUGUGGUCUUGUGGUUCGUGGUUCGUCGUCCGCGGUCCGCUUCCCCUCAUGUACCAUCCACCCAUCGCGCCUGUCAUGCCUUCCCUACCUGUCCACUCAACUUCCGCUCAUGUAGUGUUCGUGGGUUCGAUGCGGCAGUGCCGAAGGGCGCUGUCCGCUUGCCCCCGCGUGCGGAGCACAUGCCGCGGGUGGCCUACUGGCGGCAGCACCGAGAGGAGCUGUCCGCCCGCCCCCGUGCCGAAAGGCUGCGGGUGGCGUCGCCCUCGUGCUGCGAGUGGCUAUAUGGGUUCGUGGUUUGUGUUUCGGGUCACCGUCUCCUGCAUGUAUCUCUUCAUCGCGCAUGUGUCGACCCUCCUGCCUGUCCAUCCACUCCCGCACCUGUCUUCGUAGCUAGAAAACCUGUGAUGCCUGUGCAGUCUGUACCAUCAACGGGUCGAACACGUUCCAGUUGGCACGUGUGAGCCGUUGGUGG